AUGACCAUCGAUUCUUUAUGGGGUGAACAUGUCAUUGACUUGGUUCAACUAUUCAGGAUGAUUCCUUGGUACUGGACUGUAGACACCCUCGUGGUUCGAUGUAGUCCUCGCGUUUUGGAUCGCUUUUUCGAACAGAUUCCGGACAUGAAGGUUCAACUCAAAUCUCUGCAUUGUCCUAUAAAGCUGGCAGUAUGUCUCGAAAACAUCGAACAUCUUGUAGCAUUAGAAGCAUUCGGCAUCCAUAUCCUCGACGUCAAUGUUGAUAAUGUGCUUCCGGGACUCUGUCGUAUCAUAUCCCUCCAUUUAAAUUCCCUCCAGAUCGGCUUUGGCAUUACCUUGUUGGGUAACAAUCCCUUCGAACUGUCGAGCGCAUGGAAUACAUUCAGGGAUACUAUCUGCGAUCCUGGUCUGCUAGAUUUCUGUUUGAAAGAUGUUAGUUGA